AUGGGAAAUGUGUCUGCAUGUCCAAAGUCUUCAAAAGAUGAUCAAGCUAAGUGUAGAAACGCAAUUAAUGAGGGAAAGAUGAAGAGAAACAAGAAAAUUGAAGAGGAAUCUUUAAGAUCGAAUGUGAAUAUUCGAAAAGACAUUGAUGUGGAUGAAUUUCAAGAGUCUUUUGGGACCAUGAAACCAUCACGUACCCUUGGUCUUAUGGAUAAGUUUUCAAGUGUCAUUAACCCUGAGACUUCUUUGAACUUAGCAAAGAGCAAGCGGGAACAAAACAUCAAUGAUGCUCUUUUCAAAGAAAGAACAAGUCUGGUUAAAGAAUAUGUCUGUAGAUGGGCGUAUGAAGCUGGUGUUUCUUUUAAUGUUGUCGAUAGAGAUAGCUUUAAGGUGAUGAUGGAGGUGGUUGGCCAAUUUGAGCCAGGGUUUAAACCUCCUACUAGAUAUGAAAUGAGCGAGCCAUAUUUGAAGAAAGAGGUUGACAGGAUCAAAGGCUUACUGAAGACAAAUGAAGAAGACAGGAAAUUGAAUGGGUGCUCAAUUAUGAUAGAUUCUUGGAGUGACAGAAAAAGGAGGUUAGUUAUGAACUUGUGUGUCAAUUCUAAAUUAGACACCGUUUUUCUUUCCUCUAAAGAAUCUUCAGAUGAAACCCAUACAAGUCAACUAAUUUAUGAGUAUGUAGAGCAAUGCAUUCAACAGGUUGGUCCAAAAAAUAUUGUUCAAACUGAUAAUGCCUCAAAUAACAUGGGAGCUGCAAAAUUGUUGAAGGAGAAGAGGCCAACAAUCUUUUGGACCUCAUGUGCUACUCAUUCUAUAAAUCUUAUGCUUGAAAGCAUUGCAAGUAUACCAAGGUUCAAGAAAGUCAUUGAUCAAGCCAAGACAUUAACUAUAUUUAUUUAUGCUUACCAUAAGACCUUGGCAUUGAUGAGAUCAUAUACAAAGAAGAGAGAUAUUGUUUUUGCACCUUUGGUGAAGGUGCUUCGAAUUGUUGAUGCCAAUAAGAAACCAUCUAUGGGUUUUGUGUAUGGUGAGCUUCUGCAAGCUAAGAAAGAUAUUAAGAAUGCUCUAAGUAAUGUUCCAAAAAACUAUCAGCAUAUUAUUGAUGCAAAGAUGAAAGAUAGGCUAGAAGUCCACUGCAUUUGA